AUGUGGGACGCUGCCCAGGACCCCAUCCUCUUUGUCCUGACCAUUGCCGCCAUCCUCUCCCUGUUCCUUGACGUUUACGUCAGCAACAAGCCGGACACGGGCUGGAUCAAGGGUCUGGCUCUGCUCAUCUCCGUCGCCAUUGUCAUCCUUGUCACCGCCAUCAACGACUUGCAAAAGGAGCGUCAAUUCCGCGAGCUCAUGGAGAAGCAAGAAUCCGGUCUCCAAGCCGACGUCAUUCGCAACGGCGAACAAGUGCGCGUCAAGUACCAGGACCUCGUGGUGGGCGACAUUGUGCAGAUUCACGCUGGCCUUGUUCUGCCCGCCGACGGCGUCCUCUUCCGCGCUGACCACAUCAAGUGUGAUGAGUCGGCCCUCACGGGCGAGUCCCUGGACGUACCCAAGAGCCUCGAGGAAGACCCGUGGUUGUUGUCCGGCACCAGCGUCAAGCAGGGCUCGGGCACCAUGAUUGUGACCUGUGUGGGCCUCUUUUCCGAAGAGGGCAUCAUUCAAAAGCUCAUCACCGGCGUGGGCGAAGAAGAAUCAGACCGCUUGCUUGAACUUGACAACGCUCACACGCCAGCCCACGAGCGCCAGACGGAUAGUCACCUCGCGCUGAGCACGCUCAACGAAACAACGUCUUCUCAUGAGCAGGAACGCUCCAGCCUGGAGCCCAGCUCCAACAGCGACGGCGUCUCCAAGGCCCGGUCCGACAGUGAGAGCAGCAGCGACUACGAAGACGAGGGUCCCGACAAGAAAAAGUCAAUUCUGCAAGCCAAGCUGCAGCGCAUGGCCUUGCAGGUGGGCUACGCCGCCACAGCGGUAGCGCUUUUGACCCUCGUUGUCCUCGUCGUCUCCUUUUCCGUGCAAUACUUUGGCACGGACGGCAACUCUUACUCGGCCGACGUCUGGUCUGAUUACGUCGAGUUUAUCACGACAGCCAUCGUGGUCCUGGUCGUGGGCAUUCCGGAAGGCCUGCCCCUCGCCAUUACCAUCUCCAUGGCUUACUCGGUCAAGCAGAUGAUGAACGACCACAACCUUGUGCGCGUACCUGCCUCCUGCGAGACCAUGGGCAAUGCUACGACCAUCUGCUCCGACAAGACUGGCACCCUCACCACCAACCGCAUGACGGUCGUCAAGGCCUGGAUUGGCGGUCGUGUCUUCAACGAGAUUGAGGACGCCCGUGACCUGCCAACUGACCUCAUUGAACGACUCAAGGCCAGCAUUGCCCUCAACAGCAGCCGCUCUGCCAACUACAGCAUUGAUCCCGAAUCAGGCCUCCCCAUCCAGGAGAACAACAAGACGGAAUGCGCGUGCCUCAAGUUUGCCGACGACCUCAGCGACCGUCCGUACACGGCUUACCGCGAGGAGACGCCCGUGGAAGACUACGUCAAGGUGUACCCCUUUGAUUCGGCUACCAAGCGCAUGGAGACGGUGGUCCGCCUGCCCAGUGGCAAGUACCGCGUCUACGUCAAGGGUGCUUCGGAGAUUAUUCUCAGCUUUGCCACCGCCUACGACGUGGGCAACGACCAGACCAAGCCCCUCACGGCGGAUGACCGUGCGGCACUGGAGAGGGACGUCAUUGUGCGCUUUGCCGAGCAAGCGCUGCGCGUCAUUUGCAUCGCAUACAAGGACUUUGACGAGGCGCAAGACUGGGAGCAGGAGGAAGAGUUGCUCACUGACCUCGUCGUUUCAGCCUUUGUUGGUAUCCAGGACCCUGUCCGGCCCGAAGUGCCCGACGCCGUGGCCACGUGCCAGCGCGCGGGUGUGACCGUCCGGAUGGUCACGGGUGACAACAUGAUUACCGCCCGCGCCAUUGCCAUCAACUGCGGCAUCAUCACCGAGCAAGACGAUGGCGAAGGCGUCGUCAUGGAGGGCCCCGACUUCCGCCGUCGCGUUGUGAAAGAGGAUGGCUCGCUGGACUACGAAGAGAUUCAGCGCAUUGGCACCAAGCUCCGCGUCAUGGGUCGCUGCUCGCCCUCGGACAAGUUCAACCUGGUCAAGGGGCUCAUCAAGGCCGGCGAGGUUGUAGCCGUCACCGGUGAUGGUACAAACGAUGGCCCGGCCCUGGCCGAGGCCGAUGUGGGUUUUUCCAUGGGCAUUGCCGGCACCGACGUUGCACGCCAGGCCUCCGACAUUGUCAUCACCGACGACAACUUUAGCUCGAUUGUCAAGGCCAUCUCUUGGGGCCGAAACGUCUAUGACAGCAUUUCCAAGUUUAUCGUGUUCCAACUGACCGUCAACGUGGUGGCCCUCACCGUGGCCUUUGUGGGCGCCUGCGCCAUUCGUGAAUCACCCCUCCGCGCUGUUCAGCUGCUCUGGGUCAACCUCAUCAUGAACGUGUUUGCGGCUUUGGCCCUGGCCACUGAGCGCCCGACAGCCGAACUGCUCGAGCGUGCCCCCUAUGGGCGCUCUCAGCCCCUGGUCUCGCGCAUCAUGAUGCGCCAGAUCCUCGGUCACGCCCUGUAUCAGCUACCCGUCCUUCUCUUGCUCAUCUUCUACGCGGACGAGAUGUUUGACAUCCAGAGUGGACGGCGCUAUGACCUCACCGUGCAGCAGCGCGAGGACGAAAUUUUGACACAGCACUACACGUUUAUUUUCAACACCUUUGUGUGGAUGCAAAUUUUCAACGAGUUGAAUGCUCGCGUGGUGAACGACAACCUGACCGUGCCCGGCCUGCCUCGCCUGCUGGGUAACUUUUGCCGGCCCUUUGUUGGCUUUUUCUCCAACCCCAUCUUUGUGAGUGUGGUGCUGGGCACCAUUGUGGCCCAGGUCCUGAUUGUCCAGUAUGGCGGUCUUGCCUUUGAGACAACACCUUUGGGUGGUACGCUGUGGGGUGCCUCGAUUGCCUUUGGGGCGGGCUCCCUGAUCUGGAACCUCGCUAUGCCGACCAAGACGGUUGUGUGCCUUGAUCUGACCCCUACGUCACCUCUACCAGCCGCCGCAGAGCGCGAGGGCCCGGCCCGACGCGAGGUCGGUCUUUUGUGCGCACGAAUGUUUUUGCUGCUCUCCAUGACAAGAAAAAUUGUUCUUUUACGCCGUGUUCUCUAG